AUGUCUUCAAUACUGCCUAUAUUUCUGGCGUUAACUCAUUUUGUCCAUGCCGGACUGGCUUUUAACUGGACAGUUUAUCAUUCAAAUUUUGAGAUCGGGUCAAUUCUGGGUGAGAUUAACAAGAAGUGCCAGACUUCAUCGUUUUUUUAUUAUCUGCGAGCAUCUGAUUGCGAUGUAACUGUGAACGGUAACAAACUUUACGUUUUGGCAUUUGGCCAAUCAUCUUAUUGGCACAAAGUAGGUGUUCCCGAAGUUAAGCUAAUUGGUAACAUGCAUGGUAAUGAGGUAGUUGGUCGUGAACUUCUUCUUCGUUUGGCCGAUUACAUCUGUACUCAGUACCUUGAUGGUGACGUUUUUAUUAAAUGGCUUUUGAAAAAUACACGGCUUCACAUUUUGCCAUCGAUGAAUCCAGAUGGUUUCGAUAUGGCCGUGCCGGGUGCAGAAAUCGAAACUGAGAUGAUAGAGAGGUGGCUCCAUAAAGUUCCAUUUGUUCUUUCCGCAAACAUACAUGGAGGAGCAUUGGUGGCAAAUUACCCAUUUGAUGGUUCCAUCGAUGGGCAGAGACGAAAAUCGCCGACGCCUGAUAAUGACGUUUUUGUGGAUUUAGCCGAAGCCUAUUCAAGCUACCAUCCACGCAUGAAAACUGGUGAGGUAAUCUGUACGGGCGACCGUUCUUUCCCUGGUGGGAUUACAAAUGGGGCGAAUUGGUAUCCUGUUAAAAGUGGCAUGCAAGAUUACAACUACUUGGAGACAAACUGUUUUGAGAUAACUCUCGAGUUGGGCUGUGACAAGUACCCACCGGCGGAGGACCUACCGCACUAUUGGGAUGAAAACAAGAAGUCCUUACUCAACUUCGUCCUUCAGGCUCACUCAGGAAUCAAGGGUCUCACUUUCGGUUAUAAGGAUGGCAAAGUCAUGCCCCUUCCUGGUUCAAUUACUUUGGCGAUGAACAUUACUGAUGAGAAGAAGCCAAAAAUAAUCGACCAUGCCAUUUUUUCAAACGGAAAAGGUGAUUAUUUCCGACUCUUGACGAGUGGAAAAUACUUCGUCGCCACCAUCCACCCGGAUUAUUUCCCCGCCUUCUGGGUAACCAACGUGCCGGCGGCACCCGAUCUUGACAGAUGCGACUACCAUGAAGCAAAGAAGAUGAACUUCCUCCUUGUUAGUGUAGAUUCUAGCCAAGACCCAGAUUUAGUUGACGAGGUAGACCUUAUCUUCGACCACUACGUAAAAAAGGGGCGCAUGCGAACGUCGUUCACUUUGGGACGGAAGGAAACUAAGUGGCUACCAGUGUUUCUUCGGUUAUUCCGAAAUACAGAGGUCUACCUAACGAUGAAGUAUGAGCUUUCAAAGAUGCCCUCUAAGUACCCAGCCUAUUGUCUUCACACUCUCCAUCGAGGAGUUGGACGUUGUUGCGUGAUUUUUUGUUGGCGCCUGUACGACAGUCCUGCGUGCUCGCCUGACACCAAUAGUGUUGUUUUAGUCUUGUUUUAG